CGCCAACCAAUAGAAUUCCCUCAGCAAGUCUAAAGGCAUCAUUAGCGAUUCUCCCAUCCUCAUCCUCUUCAUCAGCAUCCUUCUCCUCACCUGGUAUUGCUCUGCCAGUCCCAAGAAGAAAAUAACAACAGCAGCAGGCGCAGGGCACCGGAAAGCUUUACUACCUCAGCCCUGGCAGCUGCAGCCUGCUAAGCCAAGGAGGGGGACGCUGCUGAAGUGCUGCGAGAGCUCCCCGCGGCAAAGCACGAUCCAUCUCCCGGGAUCACGUUACCACGGGCACCAGCAGAGGCGGCGUCUUCACUGAAGCGCAGAGCGGCUCUGCCAGCAGCAGCACGCAGCUCUCCCUGAGGGGAUCACAAGCGGAUCUCCGCAGAGGAAGCCGCCGGCAGUAGCUAUACAUACAGCUCUACACACACGCGCGCAGUCCCCAGAUGCCUGCCAGCGUGCUCCAAGAGGAGCUCUCCAAGGAUCUCCCCUCCUCCACCAUCACCGCCAGGGCAACGAGGAAUGGGGGAGCAGGCAUGGAGAAGGCCCUGUCCAACCAAGAGGACUUGGGAGGAGACCGGGGCAUGACGGAUGAUAUCUUUGACGAGAGCUACUGUGAGAAGAAGGGCCCCAAGCCUGCCAAGAGAUACGUCUGGAGGAACAUCGUCCUCAUGAGCCUGCUGCAUUUAGGGGGCUUGUAUGGGUUGUGGCUGAUACCUGCAGCAAAGCCUGUCACCUUGGCAUGGGGGUUCCUGUGUUUCCUGCUGAGUGCUCUGGGGGUCACAGCUGGAGCGCAUCGUCUCUGGAGCCAUCGGUCCUAUAAAGCUGGCUUGCCCCUCAGGAUCUUUCUGGCCAUUGCCAACUCCAUGGCUUUUCAGAAUGACAUCUACGAGUGGGCCCGAGAUCACCGCGUCCACCACAAGUUCUCCGAGACCGACGCGGACCCUCAUAAUGCCACGCGGGGCUUCUUCUUCUCCCAUGUUGGCUGGCUGCUGGUGCGCAAACACCCCGACGUCAUUGAGAAGGGCCGGAAGCUAGACCUGGCUGACUUGAAGGCCGACAAAGUGGUGAUGUUCCAGAGGAGGUUUUACAAGCUUUCUGUGGUGGCCAUGUGCUUCCUGUUCCCAACCCUAGUGCCCUGGUGCUUCUGGGGGGAAUCUCUCUGCAACAGCUUCUUCCUCCCCGCCAUCCUGCGCUACGUGGUGGUGCUCAACGCCACCUGGCUCGUGAACAGCGCUGCACAUAUGUUUGGCAACCGGCCCUAUGAUCAAAACAUCAACCCCCGGGAGAACCGCUUCGUCACGUUUGGAGCCUUAGGCGAAGGCUUCCACAAUUACCACCACACCUUCCCCUACGAUUACUCCACCAGCGAGUUCGGGUGGCACUACAACUUCACCACAGCCUUCAUUGAUCUCAUGUGCCUCCUGGGGCUGGCCAGCGACCGCAAGAAGGUCUCCAAGGAAACCAUCCUGGCUCGGAAAAUUCGGACUGGUGAUGGCAGCCACAAGAGUGGCUGAGGGCCUGUGUCAUCCCCCUACAACCUCUUCACUCACCCCAAGCGAGCUGGGCACAGGGUUUUAUGUUCUAUUUACUAACCAUUGAAUAAUGCUAUCAGGUUGCUUCAGAUGAUGAUGAUUUUAAUCCCCUCCUGCACAAUGUAUUUUAAAUGAUGUAUUUAAGACCUAUAACUUUGUCUCUCUAAUGCUCAGCAGCUCCAUCCCUCUCUUCUCUCUUUCUUCUUUUUGUUCUUCUUUUGUCAAGUUCUCUCCCUUUCCCUCUAACCCCUCCAUGCUUCAUUCUCUUCUUGCCUCUGCCUCUCCUUGGCAGGGAACUGGUCAAAAGCCUGUCCGGGGCAGAUCGUGCCGCUGGCUGGACAGUGGGAGUGGAGGGGAGUCUGUACCAGUUGGCUGAAGAGUUGAGCUAAGGUCAGGGACUCUUUCCCUAGAAAUCCCCCUUUCCUGCCUCUGGUUCUCCUGCCCUCCCAGGGCUGCUGACUCAGGAUAUGAAUGAGUGUUUCUCUAUGAGAACAGCAGCAAAGGCCUUUUCCAGAAGGAAUAGCAGCCCUGUCCCCUUCCUUGCUAUCAACGAGAGAGCAUGAUGUUGUCUCCUUGGUGCUGGGCGUCCUUUGGCUCCUGUAGGCCAAGGAAAGGUGAUGCUGGGGAUGGGGAGAGGAGACCCUGAAAGCCUCUUCUGGAGGGGUAGCAUCAGCUGCAGAACAUGGUGGUGUGGGGCGCGACAGCUGCCUUCUCACCUCGCUAGAGUGUUGCAAUGGCUCCUCUUGCCGCCCUGCAGCGUCUCAGUGCUAGAAUUGCCUGGAACGACUCAAGCUGGGCUCCUAGCUGCCUGCGUGGGAAAGCUGCAGACAAGGACAUCUGGGGAAACGAGGGGUUUGAUGCCAUUGAAAUACACUGGCUUGGGAUGGGACAGAAUGGAACCGUGGGCAAUAUUUCUCAGGAAGAGACUCUUCCGGAAGAACGAUAGCAGGAGAAGCCAGAAGGAAGUGACACAAAGCCCCAUCUCUGUGUUAAGCUGCUUUGUGUGUCGGAGGAAUGAGGUCCCAUUUCUAUGGAGAAUGAGGUCCUAGUAUGUGUCUGCGUCAUACGGAUUCUUGUUACUGAACACGGUUGAAAUGGGGAGAUGAAGGGGCAGCGGAUAUGGCCACAUCCGAGCAAAUUGAUCCUGUGUGUGACCAGCUAGAAAGCGGGGAUGAUGCUAUGUCAAAGACCCAGGGGAGCCUCGUGUCUGUGCAGAUGGGCUUCCUGCAGCCAAUUAACAAGUACCUGAUAGAAACCGACACCAAAGCAGGGACACUGAGAGGGUUAAAGCAUGAGAAAGUUACAGGGUCCCAGCCCAGUGCUGUGUGUGACCUCUUCCCAGCACAGCCCCUCUGAAGCUAGGAGGUGGAGCCACAGCUACUGGGCAGAUCCAGGCUGGAGAUGGGACUGAAUUGCCCCACUGUGCAGGGCAGGAAAGCAUGUUAGGUGGCCCAUGAUCAGCUCCCAGCCCCUUCCAAAGCAAAUCAGAGAUGUCCUGGGGCCAGUGACUGCCUGUUGCACACACUGCAGUGGGAAGUGCUGGUGCAGCCAUUGCUGAUGGCGGCCGUUCCCGUAACUCCCCCAGACACACGGUGCUAGAGCAGGGUGCUGGCUGCUGGGCCAUGUGUAAUUCGUCCCCUGGAGACAGGGCCUUUGCUCCGGCGAGGGGGGGUCCGCUGCACAGCGCCGCUGCCUGGGCACGGAAGGGGCCUGUUUCACUCCUUGGCAGCACUGACAGCGGAGGCUAAUGCCAGGCUGACUGCGCUGUCUGAGGCCUCAAGACAUUGGGGGGAAGGGUUAAAACCCUUGUGCGUUUCACCCCAUAGCACUUACAGAUGCCGCGGACAGGCGUGGCAUUCCCAUCAGCCACUCGCCAGAUAGUGCUGUGGUGCUGGGUGAAAGCUAGCGAGGUGCCCAGGCUGCUGGAUCCUGGGGCAGAGCUGGGAAAGGCUGGACUGGGGUGGAGGAAUGAUGCUGAGAUGCUCCUUCCCCCUUCCCAGCUGUGCUGCGUAUCCUCAAGGGCAGGGUCCAGCCUUCCCACUUUGGCCAAGGUGAGCACAGCACUGCUGAUGUCUUGCUGCGGUCGCAAAGCUCUUGCUGUCAGCCAAGAAGUCGUCCCUGGCCUUGUUCCUGUACAUUGCUGUGACCAGAACUGUCCAGCUUUGCAGCGCAGCCUGCCCUCUAACUGAGCUAGCGAGAUGAACGGGCUCAGGAGCAGGCCACCAGCAGAUAAGCCAGUCGGGAAGCUUUUAAUUCCUGGGCUCUAUACCCGGGAGGUGGAUGGCUGGGUGGGAUUCCCCACCACUGAGAUUUAUAACUGCUCAGAGGGUGGCUGUGGAUAGUUUUAUCCAACCGGAUACAAAGAAACCUGCAUGUCAUAAUCCUGGGCCAGGUCCAUCCCUGGUCCAAACCCCACUGACUGGAGUCUACACCCUGGGUGAAUUUGACCUCCCCCAAUAGUUCUUCCCUCACCUCAUCAUCCGGACAUGUUGUGUGAUGCAACCUACUGUUCAGAUACAUGACACAACAUGCUACGGCAUCCACCAUCCUCUCAGGAGAAAAGCAAGGGGUUGAUCUGGAUGUUGCCUCUAGAUCCCAAGAGUAUUGAUCACAUCCAAAAAUGCUGACACAGUGGGGAAGCGGAGUGGAAGUAACCAAACAGCGCCGGUGUUUGCCCAGUCACUUUGUUGGUAGAUUGGCAUACAUCUCUGGGUGCCUUAAGUCCUUAAUACACAUAGGAGUAUUGACAGCUAUUUGCAGGAUGUUUUUUUCUUUGAUGAAUUAUGGAAAUGUAAUUAAUUAUUUAAUUGCCGUCAUCAAAUUGUGGGUGCAGGUGAUUUUGAAUGUAUUGAGUUAGAAUUUGUUAGAUUAAGGAACAGAUGCAUCAUUUUAAAUAGAACCUUGUUUGCUUUGUAUUUCUUUCUUUGGUGGCAUGUUUGUAUCCUAAGUGUGUUCUCUGUGAGUUUAGCUAAAGUGAGUCAGAGUGAGAGGUGGACGUAGACAAAGCACCAGCAUGUCUAGUGGCUAGAGCAGCAGGCCUCCAGAGCUCUAUUCCCAGCUUUGCCACUGACUCACUGAGAGAUCUAGGGCAAGUCAGUUAACUUCUCCAUGCCUCAGUUUCCCUCUCUGUAAAAUAGGGAUAGCAUCCUACCUCACAGGGGUGUUGUGAGGCGUAAUUAAUACUUGUAAAGUGAGAUCAGGUUGUGGAAGGCCAAAUAUACAUGCUAGUGGUGGCGGUGGUGGUAAAUGACUGGAUUGCAAACAGUGUUCUCAGCCCCUCUGGUAUCCUGGAGACGGGACGUGCAAGUGUUGGAUAAGUAGUGAAGGAUUGGAAGGUUGAAUCUGUGCAUUGUCUAAGUUCUGUUGCUAUUGAAAUGUGAGUGGGAUACAACUUUCCUGGUUCGGUUUCUGCAUUCUAAGAUCUCCGUGUUUUGUCUACUGAAAAACUUUUGGAAAUAAUUUCUACUAAUUUGGAAUCAGGCGGCUGGUUGUGCUGAUCUGAACUGGUAUCUGUUCAUAAUAAAAGUUUACUUUAAAACUUGA